AUGAACAUCGAUUCGUACGAAAGCUUGAAAACCCGAAUCGGGCGUUUGCGAUUGAGAAGAUGUGGCUCAACCCCAGCUCUAACAAUCUUCGUUGUUUACGCGUCAAUAUUGAGCCAUAAUGAAGAAGAGCUGGACGCACUCUGUAUGGAUAUGGAGCUUUGUAGAGAAGACCACUCUUUCUUCAAGGUCAUUGUCGGUGAUUUCAACCCCAAGAUUUACCCCAGAAGAACGGCUCAAGAACUCCACGUCGGGACUCGCGAAAUGGAAUGGAAUGAGCAGGGUGAAAGGCUGUCCGAGUUUAUCAUGUCGACCCAACUAUCCAUGGUAACUGGCAUUUCCAGAAUUCCUCGCACUCCUCACCGAUGGACAUGGGAGUCAUCUGGUGGACAGUUCCAUAAUGAAAUAGACCACAUCAUCUUCACUCGGAGAUUUUGCCUGACUGUCUUGGCUGUUGCUCCGAAGUUCUACACGGGACCGGACCAUUGUCUCCUCGGCGCUAGGUUCCGCUUCUCAGCACAUGGAGAGAGAGCUAUGAAGUUUAGGAAACCAAGCCCCAGGACUUCCAUCAACUAA